GCAAGAUGGGGGACAUAAGCCUUGAUAUGAUACAGGAAUUUUUCAGCCUCAAGCCGCUUACCAAAACCAACACAUUAACACCCGCAAAAAUAAGCGGACGUUGGAACGUUCCAACUCAAACCAAUGCUUUUCAACAGGAGUUUAAAUUACCAAAGAAGACGAAUCCACAGAGGUAGGAUAUGAACAUACUUUCCUUCUGUUUGGUUUUCUAUGGCUUACUUUUUCAACACCUUGAAUUACGGAUGUCGGCGAAGCGCUGCAAACACUGUAAACAAGGAUAUAAUUCAUGUACUUUGCCAGGUCUACGUAUUUGCGGGCGACAAGAGGAGCCGGCAAUCCUAAUCUCCAGGCCCCGGUUGUUCAAACGUCGGAUAGCGCUAUCCACCGGAUAAAUCACUAUCCAGCGGAUAGCGUAAUUGAUUUCCAUAACACUUAUCCGCUGGAUAGUGAUUUAGCUAGUGGAUAGCGCUAUCCAACGUUUGAACAACCGGGGCCAGGCCAACAGGUUAUUGUUCCAGAACAAAAGUUAAGAGCCCUCUCAUAUCUUAAGAAGGUUUUUUGCAACCUGGCCCAGGGGUGAGCCUUUGCAGCUUUUCGACUAGCUGAAGGCCUGGCUGACUUUCAUUUCGGGGGCACCUAACGAGAAAGUAGUUCAAAACCACUUAAACAUAGCAUUGUUAAACGCAUUUUAGUAUUUAAACGGUAGAUAUAGGAAUAUUUUUAUCCCCUAAAAGUUUUUCAUCUGUUCAGAUUUCCUAGCUGAAAGUCUAGUGAUCCAAAAAUUAUAGGGAUCAAAACUGACCCUUUUGAAAAUUUCAGCCAGAUAAAAGGCCUCCCGAAAAUUCUAGGUGACCUUUUAAGGGUAAAAAUCUGUUAAAAAUGGGCAAUUAUACCAUUUUUUAAAUGUUCGAAAAUCCUAGGAGAGGCAGGCAAGCAAGAAAUUUUACAACAAAUGUCCCGAAAAUUCUAGAUCUGAAAUCGUCUUCCGAACAGACGUUGGGCGCCCCUGUCAUUUCCACAUAUCCUGAAAAUUGCACACAUGACUAGUACAGACUGACCUCACCAACACUUUGAGUUCUUAAGCUUUUUAGCUUACCCCAACAACGCAUUAUUUUCUAACUUGUGGAUUACACGUAGCAUAAGGAGCAAGUUAAUGUGGGCACUGCAAUAUGCAAAUGUGUCACUCAGAUAUAGAUGUGUUGGCUCCACAUGAAAGCGCCUGAUAUCAAAACAACAACUGCUGUAGAUUGUUCCCAUUUCUUGAUGUGCUGAUUUUGUACAUUUCACGGUCUUCAUGUGGACUUUGAAUGUUUCAGUUUAGGGCUAUGGCCAACUUUGAGACAUGUACAGAAGUUUAUGAACUUUUGAAGAUUUUUGACUCGUCCAGGUGAUAAAUAUGAUGAAAAGAUCGGCAAUUACUUUUCGACUCCCAGGCUGGUCCAAGCUCACAAUUCUGCCGUGAGUCUCCGGAUUUUUUAACUUUUCUCACGACAAGACUCCCAGUCUCAUGGUUUUUAGUGAAAUAUAAUUCUGAAAUGAAAUGUUUCUUUUUUCAAUAAAAACGGAAAUAUUUGCUGUUGCUGAAUCAUAAUUGAUUCUCCUCAUGUAAACGCUGCAAGAGAGUUCGCGACGGUUUUGCAAGACACUUGUUGGCCAUAAUGUUCUUCAAAUGUGACGAAAUGAGUUAAAGUACUGCUUUAACUGUCAAAACCAUGCUUGUUUUCCUUGAAUAUAUCUUUCAUUUCUUCUUAAGUAAAGCCCUACCAGCUUCAAACAGUGUCGACCAGCAGAAUUUCAUGGGCAAAAGUGUUAAAAAUGAUUAAUUUAACAGCAGUUUGUAUUAUCAGUUGUCAUGGCGCAAUAGGUAACCAGUUGACCUUUCACGUCAGAGGUGUGGGGUCCAACUCUUGCCAUUUGAAACUUUUUUUUCUUUUUUUGAUCCUUUUGUUUUGUUUUGUUUUGCUUUUUUGUAAACCAUAUUUUCAUUUUUUGACAGACUUAAAAAUUAAUAUACCGGUAGAGUAAUAAUUAUUGCAGGUUCAUUAUGAGCUUUCAUUUCUAAAAUACAGUAAUUUAUUAAUCAUCCACAAGUUAGCCUUAGACACCCUUCGAUUUUCCAAGCGGUAGAGUGAUAAAACCAAAAAUUUGUAGGCCCAGGCCUACAGGUCUAUGGGCUGGCUACGCCCCUGCAGGUUGUUAUUACGCAUGUGUCGCAAGUGUGUAGCCAGCUUUUGUUUGGACUUGUGCUAAGAAUGAAUGGAAUGUACAGAUGGCAAUUUGAUCGCAAGUGUCUCGUCCUUCUACCCUCGGAAUCUGAUCAUGCGUGAUUUGUCCAUCUGUCAUGUGAAACCCACUCAAAGCACAGCGAUGGAGCAAAAGCAUUUGAACCUCUGAUCGAUGUCACCCACACUUGCUAACCUUUGGUUAUUACUACAUGUAGUUCUAUGUAUGAUUGCAAAUUUAGCCAGGCACGAACAGUGUACAUGUGUGAGGAUUGUUCAUAGUUUUCAAAAUAUUUUGGAAUAAAACCAAAAUAUGACUGUUUAUUUCUCUUUGGAUUUCUUGUGUUACUUAAAUAUUUAGGGGCAAGAUGUUGUUCAGAGUUGUUUAUAUCCAAUAUCAAUUUAGCUUCUUAUUCCAACAGAUUGAUGAUUGAUCAUAAAAAAUAACAAUAAGGUUCUAAAAUUUUUCACUGUUAUGAAAGAUCAUUCGGUUGGUGUGGGAUGUCUUAUCCCACAGAUGUAUAUUUCUUUUUCUCUUUUCUGUACUCCAAUAUCCAAGGAUUUGUUUAAAUUCCUAGAAUCCAACAUCAAUGUAUUUUCAGGAAAUAAUAACCUCUUCAUCCUGCACUCCCAUCUCACCAUGGGAAGGGAAAAAAAUGAUUAGCAGUCAUGUGGAAGGUAUAAUUAGCAAUUAUUGAAUGGGGCUGAGUUCCUAGGAUAUGAAGGAUUCUGCAGAUCGAGGAGGAUGUUAUCCACUGAGGCUGAGGGCUGAGGUGGAUAACAUCCUCUGAGAUGUACGUAAUUCUUCACAUCAUAUGACAGCCGAAUUCAAUAAUUGUUUUAUUAUUCAUUCAAAAUAUUUCUAAGUUCUUAAUGUACGAUGUGUGUUCUUACUAAGCUUACCUUCCCAUAGACUUUCUUCAAACUUUGGCCUAUUUCUCAUCACGGUUUCAGGAUAUAAAUGGAUGUUAUUCCUUGCAGAUACUCCUCAAAAAUGUAUAUAACAUUAUACAUGUAUGUUUUGCGUAUUAUUGCAUUUCUUCUACUCAGUUUUUUAGAAAUUUGGCUAAAACGUCUUCGCAUAGCCUUAAAUGCUCUUCUUUUUUAGUUCACUCCGGAAUAGCUAGUAGGCCACGCCAAAAAAUGAGGUUGAUCGAUAGUACUUGUAUGUAUAUCAUAAUAAACCAUCAAAUAUGGUAGCACCAGUUGGUUAAGAAGAAUUUGCUGGGGGAUUGGAGCCAAUCAGAAAUGGCAAAUAUUUUGAAUGAAGAAUAAUAAUUUCAAAUGAUUAUUUUGUGCUGAAAAAAAACUUUUCCAGUUAGUGGAGGGUGGUGGAGAUACCUUGUUUUUUAAGUCAUGACCAGAGACAUGCAAGUGACACAACAUGAUUGGUCUUUUAAGUCUCUCAUGAAUAUUAAUGAUGGAAUUCUGUAGAACCUAGUUAUUUGUAUUGGAGAGAUUAAAAGAGAAAUGUUUAAUCCCUCUUAGAGAAGAUGAGUAUAGUGUACUUCAGUGUAGUUUUUUUUUAUCAUUAAAUAGCUGCAUGAUUUGCUUGGAUACACUGCAUUUCGUAGACGUAAUUAUGCUGAUUUUUUUGUGCACAUACAUGACUUUGUUUGUACUAUAUUUUUUUAAGUCCUCCACCAUCCCCUGCGUAUGUUGGAGGUUACUGUUCCACUGGCCCCAAACUUGAAGACCUGUAUGAUGAGAUGGACGAAUUUGAAACCAAUCCGCCUCCAGGUGCUGCUGAUGAAAUACCUGCCGCUUUGAGAGAGGAAGAGGAUGCUCAUAUAUUUGAGAAUUACUCAUUUGAUCACACAUACUCCCCUGACCUUCCCAUCACGUCUUAUCGGCAACAAAUUGUGGACACCAUUGAGAGUAAUUCUGUUACUAUUAUACAGGGUGAGUUAUUAGAGCAACAAUAAUAUUGCUUCUUAUAAAUGUAAGGUUAACUACAAGUAUCUGUCAGACUACUGUCUUUUUCUUAAGGUACAGCUGAAUGCACAGAUUUGAAUACAGUCCACUCUCUCUUAAUGGACAUCCCUAUAAGACAGACACCUCGGUAAAAUAGUAUCUCUGACAGGAUCCUGAUAGGAUAGAACAUGAUCCUAACAGUAUCUUUUACAGUAUCCUGACAGGAUGGAACAGGAUCGUAACAGUUUCUCCUACAGGAUCCUGAUAUGAUAGAACUGAAUCCCAACAGUAUCUAUUAUAGGAUCCUGAUAGAUUAUAAUUAUUAUAAUUAUUCAUGUAGGAUUGUAACAGUAUCUCUUACAGGAUCCUGUUAGGACAGAACAGGAUCCUAACAGAGUCUCUUACAGGAUCCUAAUAGGAUAGAACAGAAUCCUAACAGUAUCUUAUAUAAGAUCCUGUUAGGAUAGAACAGGAUCCUAACAGGAUAAAACAGGAUCCUAACAGUAUCUCUUACAAUUUCCUGAUAGAACAGAACAGGAUCCUAACAGUAUCUCUUACACGAUCCUGAUAAGAUUGCACAGGAUCCUAACAGUAUCUCUUUCAGGAUUCUGAUAGGAUAGAACAGGAUCUCAACAGUACAAUGUAUCUCUUACAGCAUCCUGACAGGAUAGAACAGGAUAAUAAUUAUUAAUACUCUUUAAAUAGGAUCCUGGUAGAUGUAAUAAUUUUACUGCAGGGUUCCAUUGAAAAAUAGACGUGCAAUGUGGGCUCCGUGUCAAAAAAUCUCGCCUGUUUUUGUUGAUCCUACAAUUUUUGUAUUUUACAUCUAUUACAAUGCUGUUCACAUUACAUUUGUAAGUAUUAAAAUCUUUUUUAAUGUUAUUUAGGAGCUACAGGUAGCGGCAAAACCACACAAGUUCCUCAAUACAUCCUGGAUGAGUAUGCCAAAGAUCAGAGGUAUUGCAAUAUCAUUGUCACUCAGCCCAGGCGAAUUGCUGCAAUAAGCAUUUCCAAGCGAGUUUGCCAGGAAAGAGGGUGGACACAGGGAAGCUUGGUAGGGUACCAGGUUGGCAGAGACUCGUGUGUCAGUGAGGACACACGCUUGUCUUAUGUAACAACUGGUACACUGCUGCAGAAGUUGAUUCAUUCCAAGAACAUGAAUCAGUACACUCAUGUCAUUCUGGAUGAGGUAAGAAUGGGUUGUUGACAGACUGAUACAUCGCAAAUUUUCUGUCUCUUAAUAAUUAUGAUCAGUGUGCCAAGACAGUUGUGUCUGAUAGCCUGGGUCUAGUGGAUUGUGCUGUCGUGCUAUUGAAUUCACAGGUAACCCGGGUUCUGUGAUAGUACCACAGGAUGAUUCCAGUAAAUUUACAGCAUUUGUGUGGAGUAAAAAUACAAUGCUUGAAUUUGUGGAAAAUUUUAAUAAAAAAUUCAGUGAAACUUACAUACAUCUGUUUACUCUGCAUGCGCAGUUUGUUGUUGUUCUCCUUAAUGCUCACACAAAGUUUUGCGAUAAUUUGCUCAAACUCACACUUGUACAGGUUUUCAUUAUGACUUGUGCUUUUACAUGUAGGUUCAUGAACGAGACAGAGAUACUGACUUCUGUAUGCUGGUUGUGAAAAAGUUGCUUCGAACCAACUCUAAGCAUGUCAAGGUAUCUGCUGGUACUUAACAAAUAGAUUCCAUGUUGCUUUGCCUUUGUUCAUUAAUAGAUCAGAGGUGGCUGUACUUAAUGCCGAGGUAGCCAUAAGGCAGGGUUCCACUGUGUGUAAAUAGCUCAAUUUUUUCCUCGGAAUUCUGAAUGUAUUUUUUUUUUUGUUAAAUGCUUUUACGGGCAACUUACCAUCUGAUUGCAUGAGUAUUUGGGUUGAGAACUCAUACUCUGUAGUUGCAAUCGAUCUCAUACUUAUAUAAUAGUCCAAUAUACUGCUUUUAAGGUUCAUAUUGUGUUUAUCACAGGUGGUCCUCAUGUCAGCCACCAUUGAAAGCGACCUGUUCUCUAUGUACUUUGCUGUGCCUGUCAGGGGUAGAGUGGAGGGUGCUCCUGUUAUCACCGUGGAGGGAAAGUCCUUUCCUGUGGUGGAAUGUUAUCUUGAUGACCUAUACGAGUUAACUGGAGUGAGUACAUUAACUGUCAACCUCAACUUUUUGUUUGAAUUCACAAAUGCAUUGUAAAUUACAAAAUGUACGAGGAAUCGCUAGGACUGGCCUGCAGUUAGCAAGGCUAGUCAAGGCAGGUCAGGCUACAUAAUUGUACACAAACUGAAGAGAUACAUGUCAUUUAAAGAAUAGACAUUUUUAAUAUAUAUUUUACAUUAGCAAAAUCCAACUAGUGGUCUAUCAUCAAUGCUGCAUUCUGGUCGGUUGAGCUACUACUAGGCCCAUUAGUAGCGAAAAGUGCCGGCUUUGAAAACUGAAACAAUUGUGGCUGAAUCGUGUUUUGCUAGCUAAAGUUGUUUUAUCUCAAUAUUUUUGACCAUCUAGUUGGAUUUUACUAAAAGGAUUAUUCUUCUUGCCCUCUUGGCCUCUGAGUCAAUAGCCCAUUAAGCCUUCAGCCUCUUGAGCUAUUGGCUCAGAGCCCAUUCAGGCUCAAGGAAUAAUGAAUAGUUAAAAAUACAAGUACUAUUCAACCUAAAUACAGGGAAUAAAAUGAUGAAAUUUUAAAUAUAAAGGACAAAAGAAAGUUACAUUUUUCUUCUUCAGAAUAAUCUUGAACGUCCAUGUCAAUAUAGGUGUCUUCAGUUUGAAGGAUAUCAAGUAACGUUUCUUUUAAUGAUCUUUUUACUGGUACAUACACGUGCAUACAUCAACACGUUCAGACUCGGGCACAUCUUUUUCUGUUCAUGUUCAGUACAAUAUUAUUCUUGGAACCAAGAUUUACUUGUGAUGGUAAUAGCAUAAAAUUAUUGAAUUUUGCUCGUUUUUGCUUGAUUUUGUGUUACCUAGAUUUUUUUUACCCAGGAGCCUGUUUAACCUACAGUAAUUGCCCCACACAUUAGAGUUUUCAUGAUCAGAGUCUCCAAGGGCCUUAUUCCAAUUGGACACUCUGCAUACUGUACACUUAAUCUAGUGUGUUAUUCCAAUAAUUUUCCUGCAGAUGAUACCUGAAGUUAAAGCUGAUGAACCCUGUAUUACAAAGGAGGGAUAUCAGCUGGUGGCAGAACUUAUCCAACACCUGGAUGAGGUAGAGGCAGAAUCUGCAAAGAGGUGAGAGUAAAACAGUACUGUUAUUACAGGUAUACAGAUGUACAAACACCAGUGAAAUACAAUGUACUACACACUUUACACUGUAGGUGAGGUUUUGACUAAACAAUGAGUUUACCCGAUAAGAUCAUUGUUGCUAUGGUCACAUAAUAAACUGUGCCACGAAAAAAAUAUUGAAAUGAAAUGAUUUGUGAUUAUUUCAUUAGCAUUAUCAAACAUUACAUUGGCAGUAUUGUCGAGGGGAUACAAAAUUUCUUCUCUCAUGUUGAAAUGUAAAAUCUUAUGUACAGUAUUUCACUUGUUCACUGUGCUCACUCCUGAAAUAUUUUUCAACAACGGAAGAGAAAUAAAUAUUGCGUAUCUCCAAAUUGUCACUGAAAUAAUGUCUUCCACUGGUGGAGUCUCUUUUAAACCUAAAAUGAAUCCACAGACUUCACCCGUACGAACGACGCAACGCUGCCGCAGCUGCAGCAGUUCACUUUUAUGGUUGCACAGCGCUUAAGCGUCUGUAAAGCAGUGCUCGUGAAUCGCUAAAGCAGAGAACGUCACAUUUCGUGCACUGCGAAAGCGCUGCAAAAUUUUGCCACGGUAAAGCAGCGGUAAAGCAACGCUGCGGGCCGCUGCUUAAAAGCUGCAAUGAGACUUAGAUAUAAACAUUGAAACCACUCCAUAUGACAACCUGAAUACAAGCGACGCUUGAGGCUGCAUUAUCGCUGCACAACGCUGCAGAUACCAAAUAAGAACUUAAAGAUCUUCAAAAUUAAAACCCUGGAGAGCAAACCCAUACGAAACUUGCAGCGCUGUACGGCGCCACAAAAUAGCUGUACAGCUAAAUUACAGCUGUUUAGCAGCAUUUUAGAAGCCAAACAACAGCUUAAUCCAAGUUGCAGCGGGAUGCAAAAGCGCUGGUGCUGCCUUUGAAGCUCUCGGCAGCAGUUUUGCAGCGCAGUUGCCGACUUUCAAUAGCUGCAGUACCGCUACAAUUCAGCUAUGCUGGAUCUGAUAGCACAACGUUCUUGAGCGCUCAUAACAUGAACCGCCAGAAAAGCCUUUUGCCACAGAUUACGGCUUUCAUAACGAGAAAACUUUGACUGUACCUCUAAGAAAUGUGAGUAAGCUUGUACGCAGGGAAGAUCACUUAUUGAAUAAACCUCCAAAUUCUAUGCUUUUGGAAUAAAGAUUUCAAUAAAUUUUAUUCCGUGACUGGCGAGUGUGGGAAUGUUAUCGCUAAUUCCCUGGAGACAUUCUAGGCUGUAAUCUAAUUGGUCGGCACUUUUGCAUCAGAUCACAUUACAUCGCUAGACAAACAUUUGCGACCGUUGAAAGAAAGGCGCAAACAUUCAUACAUUGUAAGUGUUUAGCAUCUAGUUCAGUGUUUCGAGGUGGAAGUUCUGUUGAUGUUUUUGGAUGGAACAGCUCAAAGGUAUGUAGAACAAUCGCUCUUAUUCUCUUUAUUUUAAAAAAAGAUAAACUUCAAUGUCGGCAUGUUAAUGGAUGUUCUUACAUUUAGAUGAGUGACCGUGAUUGCUGAAUAUUUACAAAGCGAGACUGUCGUAGAUUUUUUAUAUGUCACCUGCUUUUGUAACGUGUACGCGUGAAUACUAAUAAAGUAUCAGUUGCAUUUUGUAUUUCUUGUGGUUUUUACUCCGCUACUAUAAGGCCUCUUGUCAACUCCUUUACCAUGUCUCAUGAUUAUUGUAUUGUUGAAGUCUGCAUUUCUUUUUUUUGUACAACUGUUCUUGGCAGCGCUUCACUAACGCUGCACAGCGCUGCAUAAAAGCUGUUUAUCGACCGUAUGGCCUCGUGUGGCUAUUUUUUUGCGUCUUUACGGCAGCUCUCCUGCAGCUCUCAGUGUCGCUACCGCAGCGUUCACGCAGUCACAAAAAUGCACUGCUGCAGCGAACGGAAAACAGCGUUCGUGCAACCUUUCUGCAGCGCUCGUUGCAGCGCUAAUAAGUCGCUAAAGCAGCGCUGUUUUAACGUCUUCUGUAUCGUACGGGCAGUCACAGUGUAUACUGGGGUCUUAAAAUUAUUACAAAAUAUUGCACCUUUAAUAGUAACAUGUACUUAUGCCAUUAAAGGCAAUUUAAAAUUUAUGUCCCCUUACUGAUUAUAGUAUAAUUAUUAUGAACUUGGCGCUAAGACCCUGGAAAUUGACUCAACAGCGUUUUCUUUGAUUCUUUUGAAAUUUAAACAUUAAUUUUGGCCCCAAAUUUUCUCUUUAAACUCUUUUCAUUGUGUGGCAUUUUGGACAAAAAAGUUAAUGCAAAUCUUCUACACUGAGGUGAAUGCAUCAUCUGAUUUAAGAUACCAUUGAUUACAUGUACUCCUUUGUGAUUUUUUCACAGUUUAAGACAGCCAGUGGAACGUGGAACAGUCCUUGUGUUUCUUCCUGGUGAUUAUAAACUACAUAUGUAUUUUAUAGUGUGGACAAAGCAGUAUUCAAUUUCCAAACCUAAGCGCUCUGCCUUACCAGCACACAGUGUAUGUCUGGUGAUGACCAACGCUUUGACUCUGGCAAAGGAGAAAAAUCUUUGUAAAACAUAUCUGCUGAGAAUUGUGAAUUUUAAGGAUUCAGAGUUUUAGGCUCCCUACAAAUGUUUAAACAACAACCACCUGGACCCUUCUUCACUCAAGCAACUUUCUUAUUAUAAUAAAAAUGUUACACCAUUAUGCCAAAUUGUGAAUUGAAUUGAAUUCCGUCUGAACUCAGACAGCAUUCCCCCCUUCAGCUCUAAACUACUUAUAAUUAAUUUUCCCAGUUUUCAAGUACUGUGGUUUAAUGUGGUUCCUUUUUACUUUAAGGUGAAUUUGAAAUCAAGCAGAUGGAUACAUUGUUAGAUGAAAUGCUAUUGGAGUGCCAGUAUGUACCUUUAAGUUAUUUCCUAAAAUUAAUGCUUUUUUUUCCUGAUACAGUUAUUCCAAAAUUCUCAUUCCAUUUUUGUGCCUUGUUUAAUGCAGGCUUUUGCUUCUCCCACUGCAUUCCAAAAUUACUACUCACGAACAAGGAAAUGUUUUUAAGAAACCCGAGGAAGGAUUCCGAAAGGUAUGUAAGAACACAGCACAUACAGUACGAAAUCAUUUCCAAAAUCUCUGAUCUGUAGGCUUUACAGUAACACAUAGCAUUAUCUAUUAUUUUACAUUUCGUAGCAAAAAAAUAUAAAUUUUACAUGUACCUAAUAUUUUUAUAUCAAGCAUGAGAUGCAUUGUUUUGUCAUCAGAUGAAGCACCGAGAAGAGAGUUGAAAAUAUGAUGCGCAGUGGAAGUAUUUUUGAUGAAUUUCGAGGUGUUUCAUCUGGAGGUGAAACACUGUGUCAAGUGCUUGAUAUUACUUCUCAAACAAAAUGAUUUUAGAAAGAGAAAUAAGGACACAAAAAUGAGCAGUUUUUCAUCUGGUUUCCAAACACUCAUUAAACAUUAAUUUACUUGCAUGUUUUGCUGGUUAUACUUGCAGGUCAUCUUGGCAACAAACAUUGCUGAAAGUUCAAUCACAGUUCCAGACAUCAAAUAUGGUGAGUGCACAUUUUACCCCACAAAGCCACAACUCUGCUACUGUAUGAACAGGACCCUCAAUAUUUAUCGGGACAAAUAUUUUUGUAAAAAAAAAAUAACUAGGACUGAGCUUUAAAACUUGAAUUUGCACAUUUCAGUUGGAACCUCUCAGAUUUUCCUUUCCCCAAUCUCAGUUUGCUUUAAAAGGUGUUUGUACAUGUAAAGAUGACUUACUGUCUUGAUCUGCCAAUGUACACAUGUCUACUUGUAGGUUUUGAGUUACAAAUGUGGCUGCACUGCAGGCUACAGUGUAGAACCUUUACAGCUGAAUUUUUAUCAGGGUCAAUGUCUAUUUUUACUUUUCCAUCCAUUUCAGUCAUUGAUUUUUGCUUGGUUAAGUGUCAAGUCUGUGAUGAAGAGACAAAUUUUCAGAGUUUAAGGCUGCAGUGGUCAUCCAAAGCAAGUAGCACUCAACGCAAAGGUUUGCUCCCAACACUUAUAUUGUGCUAUUAGAUAUUUUGUUUUCCUCUAUGUCAAACUAACUUUAACCCUUGAUAAAACUAACUGAGAAUCCAACAACAAUGGAUUGUUUAAUCCACCUUUAUUUGUCUACUUUUGAGCAACCCCUUCUCAUAUCAUAAUUCUAGUAUCUACUCUAUUAAGAACCUGUACAGUGUUCGUAACGAGUAGGGUUAUUAACUUACUUGUUUUCUUUGCUGUGCAUAUAUGCAGGUCGAGCAGGUCGAGUUUCCCCUGGAACGUGCUACAGAAUAGUACCAAGAGAUUUUUAUGAAGAAUUCAUCCCUGAAUUUGGUAUUCCAGAAAUGCAGGUCAGUGCACCAUCGACACUUGAGCGAGUGACAUAAUUAUUUGCAUAUUGCAAUCUACCGUAAUCCUCGGUAUCCACGAGUUUGUGGCGUUUGUCAGGCUGUUCUCCAUUCACUCACAGCAUGAAUAAUGCCUUUUGUGUCUGUAAACGAAAUACUACAUGUAGCCAUUCAAAUGAGACUACCUCAGCGGUACUCUACAAACUGUAAAGACUGAAAAAGUUAUCUUGGAGUGUGACGGUUCAAAUUAAAUAUCUUUCCUAGUACUUUGUUUUUUAACUUUUUUCAAAGAGAAAUAUUUUAUUAUAUAGAAAUUUUAUUCUAUUUUAAUGUUAACAACUUCCAGGAAUGAAAGGGUUCAUUUCAAAGUUUUUUUUUUUCAGAGGUGCCCUCUUGAGCAGAUUGUUUUGAAAGUAAAGCUGUUUGAUAUUGGACCUCCCAAGGCUGUACUGAGACUUGCUUUACAGCCUCCCGACCCUGACGAUAUUGAAAGGACAGUGCUUCUAUUGAAACAGGUAAAAAGAAAAAAAACUCUUAAGUGCUGCCAUUUAACCGACCUGGAAGCAGAGCCACUUUUUGUCUUUUUAUGAGUAAGGAGGAGAAAAAUGGUCACCAAAGCCUGAAUUUUUUGGACUAGUGAAUCUUGCUCUUUGUUAUCAAACUGGUUUUCCGAGAGCAGGGUGCAAAGAAAAUCAUUUUUACAGCUAGCCAUUCAAGCAAGCUGAAGCUAGCAUUUACUAGCCCAGACGUCAUUUCAACUAGCCCCAAAAGCUUUUUGACUAGCAGAAUUGAUUUCACAGUUCUUCUGUUAAUUCCUCAAAAAACAUCACUUGCCCUUCCGGCAAGUUAAAAACAUAAUUCACUAGCCUGAUAACAAAUCCACUAGCCCCGGGCUAUCGGACACUACUUUCUUUGCACACUGCGAGAGGGAGCAUCCACUAUAUAUGUUGAUAAACUAAUGGUCAUGACUAAGACCAGCUGUUAGGCGAGAGUUUAAAACAAAGAUAUUUAUGCUUGAUUUAGGCAUAGUCCUUUUUGACUACAGCAAAAUCGAGCAAAUGAAAGAAUUCAGACUCUGCUGGCAGGGUGCAUGAUACAGUCUAGUGUAAAGAGUAUGAAGUAGCAUUUUGGUGCGACUUUUCACUUGACACGAGCAGUGAUUUUUGUGUUUACCAGGUAGAUUAGCAGUUAGCCUGCGUAGCAGGUGCUUGGAAGUAGUGGGCACCAGAGAGAACGGGCGUGUGCGAGGUAGACACGCGUGUCUCCUUCUUGCACGCCCGUUUUUUCUUGCACCUGCUAUGCAGGCUAAUUAGCAGUGGUUUUGUGAAAUGCAAGGUAAUAAAGUAUUGAAAAAUGUUUAGAAUUGUUGCUUAAUACAGUCAGUGAAGAAGAUAUUGCUGUUUCUCUUGGGAGUUGAUUCAACACUGCUAAUUUAUGGCAUUGUUGGUUCAACUAGUCUUGAAUCAACCCAUGCAUGACAAGUGAUUAUUUCGAACAAGGAGCAUCAAAUUAUGCCUGUAGGCUGGGUACAAAUUUUUCUGUUCACCCAAUUCUUUUAGUCCGCUUGUGUACUUGCCAGUUACUCUGGUGCAUAGUUGAAUGAUGGGUUGGGUUGGUCUUGGUUGCAAAUUACAUUGUAAUUCUCAAAGCCUGGACAUUGGUUUCAGAGCCUGGCCUGUACAGUGAUGUGUUGAAAGUUGGUUUUGACGUUAUUUUUGUUAUCGUAGUUUUAAAAACAGAGGGGCAAGAACAUCAGCCAGAUUCUAAUAUGAGUGUCUGGACUGCUAGUUUUUUGUGGUCUGUUUUCCAGUCCUUUUUCCAACAAGUUUUACACAGUCAAACCCAGUCAAUACGGAGACAGAUUAACAGGGUGUCUGUAUUAAGAGGGUUGAAUUUAGAGAAAAUGUAUUAAUAAAGGGUUUGUUUUCUCCAAGGACAAAGCAAACUGUCUGUAAUAAUGAGGUGUCUGUAAAGCGGGGUUUACUUAUUUUAAACCAUUUUUUUGAAGGUUGGAGCCUUGACAAUUUACAUGAAGAAUGGUGUAAUCAACCCGUGGGAUGGAGAGCUGACAUUUAUAGGCAAAGUUUUGGGGGAAUUGCCAGUUGAUGUCCACCUUGGAAAGCUUUUGGUGUUGGGAUAUGUGUUUGGCUGUCUUGAGGAGUGCCUGGUUAUCAGUAAGUGUUAUUUAAAACCCCUUUACCCCUGAAGCCCUGUAACCGCGCAUUUACAUAAUUAUGUAGUCCUAGAACUGCUUGAAACAUUCAUGAGUUUUAAAGACAGCUUUGACAUUCAACUUAAAUGUUCAGCGGGGAGGUUAUUCAAAUCAUGCCUGAAUGACCAUGAGUCAGCUAAGCAGGUUGGUGCAAAAUGAAAAACACAUGACGUAUAGUUGAAUUGGAAAUUCCAGUAGAAAUCUGCUACCCACUUGCACUUUAUUCCAUCUAAUCCUACGAUCAUCCCUUGCAUUUUUCCUAAAAACUUUUCCCAGACAAGUGAAGCCUAGUAUGUGCACAGCGAAGGAAAGAAUGUGGGUCAAGGAUAGUGGAAGAAUUUGUGGGGGGAGUAGAGAAAGAAAACAGAAGCUGAUAUUUAGCAUCAGGAACAGAAAUCUGCAAAGUGCUUGACAUAUAAACAGCGAUCUGACCAGUUUUGGUUCGUUUUGCCCAGACAGCAACAGAAAAUGGCCUGAUAGCUCAAGUGACCCAACAUAAUAAAUCUAAAACCCUUAACACUGAUUUUUAUGAGAGAUCACCCCUAGCUGGAGAGGAAAGAUAAAUGAAUCAGAACUGCAUCAAAGUUCUUAGUCUGUCGAUCAUGGUGUCAUGUCUGAAUUGUGCUUGACUCACCUUGCUCUAUGCUACUCAUGUGAAAACAACAACAGCAACAAGAAUAACUUUAUUCUUUGUAAACAGGAGUUGGAUAGUUUGCCAGUCUUGGCGGGGCAAGACAGUUACACGAAUAACAUAACAAUAACCUUAAACUAUUACAAAGCUUUGCAGAUUGCAACUUUAAAAAAAAACACGUUUUCUUGGCUUUGUUGAUUCUUUGUCAGGUCGUCAGAAACUUUCUGUAGUGUAUUUUUUAAUUCUUCAAUUUCAUUACGCAAAGCUUGAUUUUCCUUUCGUACAAUGUAGUUUGUUGUCACGCAUCAUACUGAAAGGUUUUAGAAUAGGUAGGUUCAAGAUAAAAGAAGAAUUCGUGAAUUAAGAUCGGAGCACACAAAAUACGUCUGCACAGUGCACACGCUGCUCCUUGUUCCCUGUGACCUCACAGCAGUCCUGUGCCACAAUUGAUUGUCACUUUUCGUUUCUUUUCCUUUUUUCGUUUAGGUGCGUCACUGUCAUUGCAGUCCUUUUUCAGUAAGCCCUUCAGGAAAGAGUUCAAGUUUUACAUGUAAGAAUCAUUUUCACAGUUUCUAACUCUCAUAAACUCCUCCCCUUGGGAUUAUUUUCCAAUUUUAAGAGGAUGUGCGACUUACGUUAAACCGAAGUUCCCAAUUCUGUAACCCUCUCAUUCCUGGGGUUUAAAAUGCAGGGUUUUGUGAUGAAAUCGCCGGGAUCCCUGUUGGUUAGGAGUGGUUGGACUGAAGAAAUUACUUUAACACUGGCUUUGAUGCUGGUGAUAUCUCUAUUAAUGAUAAAAUGAAACUUCACAAAGAAUUUCAAAUAUCUUUUUUUAAAAAAUCCCACGAAAAUGGUACUGCUAUGUAAAAGCUCUAUCCAGGAGGUUUAAACUGAAGGGUAACACCAUAGGAUCUCAGCCACAGAUCUGAUGGGAAGUUAGAAUGAUGAAUCGUGUCACCAUAACUUGGGGAUAUAAAACAAGCCCACACCUAUCGACAGUUGUUGAUAGGUUCAGCUUUGUUUUGUUUAAGUUUAAACUGAGUAUAUUUUGGUCUACUUUUCUUUUUAGGAAGAAGAUGGGUUGGAGUGAUUACUCACACAGCGACUGUAUUACUGUUCUUAAUGCCUACAAGGUAAUGAACACUUUAACAAUGCUAAGAAGAAAAACGGCAAACUGAUCCUUAUGAAAGAAGACUAAAAAAAAUAAUUGAUAAUAAUAAUAAUCAUAAUAAUAAUAAUAAUAAUAAUAAUAAUAAUAAUAAUUAUAAUUAUAAUUAUUAUUAUUAUUUAUGUAUUUUUAUUUCAGUCCUCUUGCAGUGUGGAUCAUUUACUAUUACCUUGUAAUACUCCUGAUCAUUUCUAAUCCAGUUCUAUGGAGAUAGAUAGAUAGAUAGCUUUAUUAAAAAUCCAUUGCAGCCCAAGGGCUGGAUUACGGACUGUACAAUACGUUGAAUACUAAGACUAACUAUUAUAAAUCAAUAAUUGUAAAUAAAUAAAACAAAGGAACAAAGAUACUACGUCAUGAAAUUUAAGAAAAUAGCCGCGAAUUUACAAUAAAACCAUUAGAAAAUAGCCGCGUUAUGCAUGAUAAAACUAUUCAUUAGUCUAUUUGUUCUACAAAGAGGCACGUUAAAAGCGCGCUUUCUCCUUAAGGCUACAGUACUAAGAUUACGUGGCGGCAAAAGGCCAUGUAAUUUGUGGAGGCUGUUGUCCUUAAUCUCAUUGAAUAGGCGCUCUGUCAGCCAUUGGCGCCGUUGAUGGAGGGUGGUAAUAUUUCACUCUUUGAGAGCCUCUUGAUAGCCUAAAUCUGGGAAAAUAAUUCUAAGUGCACGGCGCUGAAUUUUCUCUAGCUCUUCAGAGAGAUACUCAGGCAGACCAUUGUGGAAAACUUGGCAGGCAUAUUCAGAAAUGGGCCGGAUACACGUAGUAUAGAAACAAAGUAGCUGCGCAGGAUCUCCUUUUGCACGCUUAAGCUGCCUUAAUAGAUAUAGCCUAGAGGCUCCUUUUUUGAUAACAUUCUCUAUGUGAGCGUUCCACUUUAGAUUGUUUGAAAUUGUGAGACCAAGAAGUUUUGCGCUAGUUACAACCUCAAUUGGUUUGUUGUUAAUAGUAACUGCUUCGAAAGGAUCUACAGACCUUGAGAGACUUGCAAGACCUGGCACUCCUUAUUGGUUUGUCAGUGUGGCUUUGACUUUUCACUGAACACCCCUUUUAACAGUCAGCAAAGUAUAUUAAAAAAAAUUUAAUUGAAAGCUGAUCUUUAUCAAUAAAACAAAACUGUUGAAAAAAAAAAAGAACUGAACUGUUCUGCUCCCUUUACGCAUCCAUAAAUGUCCGGCUUAUGUUCAGCUUUCCUUAGUCUCUCUUGCACCAAAGGACAUGUAAUUCUUUGUCGUACAUUUUCUUAUUAACUAGUACUUUUAAAUUACAGGAAUGGAACAUGCUGAAAAGAAGAAAAGGAUUCUUAAGGGUAAGUUGCAUUCCUUUUCAAGUUACUUUGAAGGCUUGCUUAACGUAACAGUUAGAGUACAGAGGCUGUCUGAUACUUCAAGACUUCCACAGCAGGAAACAGAGCCUGGUUUCGCAUACACAAGGCUUUUUUUUCUUUCCCAAGCUUUUUUCCUCCUUAUUCUCACGAGUCACUAUUCUAGAUCUCUGUCACUUAAUAUGAGUUUUCUUUGUAUUUUGAAAAUGAACAGUUUGGCAACUGUCCAAUAGUUAAAGGUGUAAAAAUUCUGGACCUUAUUAAUGAGGAGUACUUUAGUGAAUGGCCAGACAGGCUUGACACGACACUUGACAGUCAUACGCAUCUUAACUUUAGGUAAAGUAGAGUAUUAUGAACUCUCCGUAUACGGUUCAUCAGUAACAGAACUUAAUGGCGUGUAGCGUUUUUUAUGUCGCUGUUACAAGCCCAGAUUGUACACCUUUAAGAAAGCUGCAGCAGAGAACUUUCCCAACGACAGGAUAAACCAGUUUUUAAAAAGGCUUUAAACUAGAGCCUCCUUUUACACAACCUCUUCGAAGGCCAGAAACUUCACACUUAAGACAACAAAUUAGAAUAAAUACUGAACGUUGUAAAUCGUCUUUUGUUUGUAUCAUUUAUUUGCGGUUCAUUAUUAAUUAAUGUUUUUAGUAGAUCCCAUUUAUUUGCAACGCAUUAAAGCUAUAUGCUGUAUUCACCAGGGAGAACAAAAUUGGUGUAAAGAGAACUUUAUUAUCAUAGGACGCAUUAGAGAGGUACAGUAGAUAUAUGCCCCACCCCCCACCCCUUUCCCAAGAAACAAACAUACAAACAAAACCUCGAAAAUUAUCAGAGCCACACAGGACUUUGCACACAAGUUUUCCUUGCCGUCGAGGCGUCCAUGAUCUCUCUUUGUAUAAAUAUGGUUAAUUGUUCUUUCUUGCGGCCUCAAAUGGUCUUCCUGACGAAAUGCCUCCAUGAGAGGGCCGGACGUUUCUGUACACGUUUCACAACGUUGCUGUGGACGUUUCUGACGUUUCUGGCCGGACGAUUUUUGUAAUUUGUAACAAAUUACAAUUUGCAAAAUUUGUUUGACAAUCUCCUGAACAAAAAGAACUUUUCUUUUAGGCAUUUGUCCAUUUUAGGGACCAUUUUGUUGUUUGUCCAUUAAGAUCUGUAUAUCACAAAGAACAAAACAGUUGAGCAACAAGCCUGUAAACUGGUUUUUCAUUGAUUUUUUUUUUACCCGUUCAUUACUUGUGAUGCUCCAAACAAAACUUACGUUAGCAUCUCGUCAUUUUAAUAAAUUGUUGUUACUAAAUAAAACUUAUUUGCUAAAGUUGGUGCUGACUUGAACAUUCUUUGACGUCUGUGAAUGACAUAUGCGGGCGUUUGAAUUUACAGGUGGAACAGCUUGUUACAGAAUUAACUAACAGGCUGAAAGGUUUUAACAUCAUCUCAACGAAACCUCUGCAUCAGAAGUAAGUUUGAGUUGUAUUACAGAAUUAUGUACCAGAAUUGACUCCCUACUUUAGUCUUACAAAAGCAAUAGAAAAAAAGAACCCAACAUAUUGUGAAUUGUUACUUCAAAAGUUAGAAACACAUCACAUCUUAAUUGACUCACCCUUGUACUUAUGAUUAUUAUUUUUUUUUCAGGAAUAUCACCUCCCCUGAAAACAUGCGAAUCCUAAAGGUCAGUUUAGUCUCUAGCAGUUAAGUAACAAAUAGAUAAUUUUAAAGGAGCUGUGUCACAUAUUUUCACUUUAAGCGCUCGAAGCGGUCAUAUGGAUACCAACGUUUAGAGUCUAACAUAAUUAUUAUUUGGGCGUCGCCCAAAUAGAGUAAAAAGUUGCCUUCUGUCACGUUCGAACCGUAAACGGGGAAAAGUCCAUUUGUCCAACAUCUUCACGUGCAAACUGUGUGCGUGACACUUAUUUUUAAAACCCUCGGCUUAAUUAGAUCAAGCCGAUUUCUCUCAUACACGAACCACGAAAACAGCAAAUUCCAAAGCUUUCACGUGCAAACUGCAUGACAAUACAACUCUCAGUAUGGGCCUGAACACGCGAGCCGGGCUGGCUAGCUUUUGCCAGGUGACGUUUAUCCUGGUAUUACAUGAAAAGAGGCAGCCCGGAGCCGCCAUUUUUAUGUAGAGAUUGGAAACAGUGUGCAUGUUUCUCGCAUGGUUCAUUCACCCGGCUGCCCGGCAAAUGUGAUUACUUGGAAAUUUUCCAGCCGGUAUCCCGGCAUCACAAUACUGGGAUCCCAGCUAGCCGAGCUGGCUCGGUUGUCAUGUAAUCGCAAAGUUGAUUUUUGUUGCGUUUAAUUAAGGUGCCGAGAUCUCUGCAAAGCUAGCCAGCCCGGCUCAUGUAAUCAGGCCGUUAGUUCUAUAUCCAGAUUUUACGCCUUCCCUCUUGACCUCACCGAAUUUUCCAAGCUCCACAGACCACAGACCCAAAAUUUCAGCCCCCCAAACAUCUUCAUACCUCCUUCUCCAAAUUAAAUGGACUUUCGCUUAUCCACGUACUCUCCAUAAAAGUAUUAUCAAAAAUAGCCGAAAGACAAUCCUAAACAAAAAGCCUAACAACAUUUAAAAUAAGUGCAAUUAUGUUUUCGACUAUUGAUAAGAUCUUUCACAACCACCACUUCAUUUCAACAGACGUUAACUAUACUAUCCUGUCAUAACCAAAUUAGCACUCCCAGUCUCCCCCAACUAACCUCACUGCAAGAGCUAAAAUCACUCUUACCUUCCAAAAAAAGAUAUUUUUUGUUACUUCAUAUCAAAUUCUGUGAGAAACGACUUUCACUGAUUAACAAACUACAGCCAUAAUCUUACCAAUCCACGUCCAAUGUAACUCCACGCCCUCCACUUCACACAUCUCAACCAACACCUGAAAUAUACAACGCUACUGCACUACUCACACAUCCCUAAUAUACUUGAAAACUUCGCAUACGCCUAGUACAGCGAUGCCCAAAUAUACGUUCAAACAACGUCUUAUUGAUUGUGUUUUGCUUUAAAUACUUACAAGCAAUUAGAGGUUGACGAUCAGGUCUUUAAUUAUUAUUAUUAUUAUUAUUAUUAUUAUUAUUAUUAUUAUUUUUGUUGUUGUUGUUGUUGUCGUUGUUAUUAUAAUGGUUAUUAUUUGUUAUGUUUUCAGCUUAUGAUUUGUGGUGCCUUCUAUCCAAAUUUCUUCGUCUCGAGUGACAUGGAUGAAUCUGAAGUUAUGAAGACCAUGUCUGGCCACGAUCCUUUUUCCACAGUUAUGGUAAGAACAGCGAACUAAAUAGAAAAAAAAUGAUGAAAUAAAAAAAAUCAAAUUAGUCGAGCGCUGCACGCGUUGUACUUAUAUGAAAAGCUAAUGACUUUCAAACGAGCAUUUCUCAUUUAUCAUUAUGUUCUCCUAACCAAAAAGUUUUAAAUGUCUUGUAAAUAUUUCAGUAAGGCAAUUAGGCGAUGAUGAUGAUGAUGCUUAUGCUGCUGGUAGUGGUGCCGCUGGUGGUGCUGGUGAUGGUUCUGGUGGAGCUGUUGGUGCUGGUGAUUGUGGUGGUACUGUUGCUAGUUCUACUGGUGAAGGUGCUGGUGCUGGUUGAGCUACUAGUUUGCUGCUAGCGGUGGUUCUGGUGAUGCUGCUACUGGUGGUGCUUAUGAUGCUGCUGUUGCUGAUGCUGGUGCUAGUGCUGCCGGUGAAGGUGGUGGUGAUGCUGGUAGUGCUGCUGCUGCGGUGGUGUUGGUGGCACUGGUGCUAGUGCUGCUGGGAAAGGUGCUGUUGCUGGUGCUGGUUGAGUUGCUAGUUUGCUGGUGGUGGUGGUGCUGGUGAUGCUUAUGAUGCUGCUGGUGCUGGUGGCCGUGGUGAUGGUGCUGAUACUGGUGGUGGUGGUGGUGGUGCUAGUGCUGCCGGUGAAGGUGGUGAUGAUGCUGGUAAUGCUGCUCCUGCUGCUGCUGCUGUGGUGGUGUUGGUGACACUGGUGCUAGUGCUGCUGAUAAAGGUGCUGUUACUGGUGGUGGUGGUGGUGGUGGUGAUGCUGGUUGAGCUGUUAGUUUGCUGCUGGCAGCUGCUACCGGUGGUGCUCAUGAUGCUGGUGGUCGUGGUGAUGGUGCUGGUACUGGUGGUGGUGCCAGUGAAGGUGGUGGUGAUGCUGGUUUAGCUGCUGGUGCUGGUGAUGUUGGUGUUGCCGCUAGUUUGCUGCUGGCGUUGUUGCUGGUAGUGGUGCCAGUGAUGCUGGGUAAUGGUGGUGGUGGUGGUGGUGUUUCUGAAUUCUACUGACUAUUUUAUUAACAUCCAAUUAAUUUCAUUUAUAUCAACUUGCUUUGAAUUGAGAGACAAACUUAUCUCCGGAAUAAUUAAUCCUACUGAUGGUUAGAAAUAAACAAUGAUUAAUAAGUUUCAAAUUAUUUUAAAUAUUUAAUUUACAAGGAAUCAAUGAGUAAUUUCAACUAGCUUUUGCAAUACUGUAAUACUUUGUUAUGGUCAUGCAAAUAAAGCUUAUUGUUGUUGUUGUUGUUUCUGCUCCUUGAGCUGGUGGUGGUAGUGGUUGUGAUGUUGGUGCCGGUAGCGAUGAUGGGUGAUGUUGAUGGUGAUGUUGGUGGUCACAACCCAGGGUUUCCCUGAUUCAGACGUUCAGUUUACGUUGCACGCCAUGUCGUUUAAAUUCAGAUACUUAGAUAUGCAUGUGGCGUCAUUUCAGGUGAGAAAUGUUCCUCCCCAUGGUGCUCUUUACAAAUCAGCCAUUGCACGACUGUUCAGAGAGUGCGGCAGAGGAAAAGCAAUAUAUUUUGAAGAUACUAGGUACAAUUUUUGUAGAACUUUUAGACUUACCAUCUCUUUUGUGUUCUCACUAGCUAAGUGUCGGUCUUUAUUAUUUCUCAUGGUGGUUAUAUCCUCGUUUUUUAUUUAUUUCUCUGUAUAUUUUACUGCAGGGCAUACAUUGAAUUUGAAAGACCCCAACACAUGGAGCAGGUUUUGCAGACCAACACAAUUCUACCUGCUGUCUACUUGGCUCUUAAAAUGAGGUGAUAAUUUCGUUGGGACUUUUAGCCAUAUCUAUUAACUAACUAGGUAACUGGGGGGGGGGGGGUGAGCAGUAAUUCACAGACCACGUGCAUUUGACGGCCGGAGUUGUUUUUGUUGAACUUGAAGUAGUCUCCUUCAAUGCGAUGUGUGAAAAUCGCCUUGUGCCGCGCCAGUCACAGUUGAGAUAGACUAUUUUCGCAAAUGUUUACUUGUUUCUUGAAGGACUUUGGCUUGAAACAUCCUUUUUCCACAUGGAGAUCUAAAAAUGUUGCAAGAGCAUAUAUAGACAGUGGUGAAGAACCUUCCGUUCUUGUGUCGCAUACAAAAAUGGAAAAAAAUGCCUACUUUUUCCGAAUAAGAUUUGAUUUGUCGCAUUUCAUCGAAUUAACCAAUCGGAGUGGCUCUUUGGUAAUUAUGUCCGAUCUGUGGUAAACAGCUGCCGCUGCCUGAAUCCCGCUGGUUUCACUAUAGUUCUGCACGCACUGUUACUUAACUUAUAAAAUAUUUUGAUACGGAGGAGAAGGGUACUCCUUCGUUUUUCCUAAACGGGAAUGUAUGUGGCUGUUGAGCAAGGUAUGGUUUGGGGGGUCUUGAGUCUGGAACAGGAUAUACAAUGUAACAACAUGUAACCACUUAGCGUCUUGAAUAAGGUGUCUUUUUAGAGUUGUUGAACUGGAAGCGAGCGUUGGUGGUGCGUGGUCUACAUGCGUGGUAACAUCAUUUUUUUCCCAAAUCCUUUGCUAUAGUGUCGUUUUUAGUAAACCUCCAAAAUGUUCAAAAUUUGAACAGGAAACAUGAAAACGCUAGCUUUGAUUUACUUUUCUUUGCUCGUUUUUCGAUAUCCACGUUUCUUCCAAAUUUGUUCUUUAACUUUUUUGGAACUUUGUUUCCCUGCAGAAAACUUGGCAGGGAAUUGAGCCUUUACGUUUCUGAAGCAAAGACUAAGCAAAUGGACGAGAUAAUGGAUAAGCGGCAUGCUGCACAAAUAGGACGUCUGGGAGUUCAGACAAACCUUAGAUCAAACAAGUAAGUUUUGAACCAAAUGAACUAAUCACAACUUGAGCGCGUGCGAACAUUCGUAUUCCGAUUGGUCAGCUUUGAACCAGCCAAUUACUGAUUGGUCAUUCUGAAGUGAAUAAACCAAUUGUAUCUCGAAGCAAAUGUAUGUACCCGUCCUCGAGCGAGGGAAACAUCCAUCCUCGGAGACCCAGGGGGCAGUCAUUCGGGUCGGAAGAAAAGGCGGCACGAAAGUUUUCAUUACGGGCGAAAGAGCCCCUGGGUAUUGACUCUCACCGGACCAUUUCCAAAAAUUCAAGCGGAUGCCGGCUCCUGAUUGGGCACAAAAAAUGCUUUGUAUUAUUGUGCCCAAUCGGCGAACACAUCUCAAUGAGUUCUUUUCGUGUGUUCGUACAUGACGGCUAUUGUCUCGAUCACGGCUUGUCUAGCUUAUGCACCAAAGAAAUGCACGUAGUCAGGAAACUUUCAGUCUGAUAUAAAAUCCCCAUCUGAUCCAACUCGCUUACUUUGUCAAAUGCAAGCGAACUCUUCUGAACCAUAUCAAAGUUCAUGAAGAGAAUGAAUUUUGGUUAUUGCUUGUUUACUCUUUCGCAAAACCUGAAGUUAGGCAUUUUCACGGGUAGUCGUGCAGUUGACGGCAAAGAAGUGUACAAAAAAACGUGAUGCACGUGCAAAGUUGUUGUUUUGCCUUGUCAAGCUAUUACUUAUUUGAAUUUCUCAUCGCCGCCCCAUCUUAAUUGUGAUCCGUCAAAAAACAGAAUAUUCUCGGGGCAAAUUCAAUUGCUCUUGCUGAUAGUAAGCCAAACGUUUUUUCAACUCAUCGGUAAUUCCUUUGUUUCUGGUUAGGAACUAGAAAAUAAAAGUUUCCUUAUACGCACAAGCUUGGUGAGCGAACCAGGCAAGUGUGGCGCGACAAUAGCCGUCGUGUACGAACUCACGAAAAGAACUCAGGAGCAACUGUUCGCCGAUUCUGCACAACAAUACAAAGCAUUUUUUGUGCCCAAUUAGGAGCCGGCAUCCGCUUGAAUUUUUUGGAAAUAGUUCGGUGAGAGUCGGUACCCAGGGGCUCUUCCGCACUUACUUGAAAACUUUCGUCCCGCCUUUUUUCCCGACCCGACUGACUGCCCCUGGGUCUCCGAGGAUGGGGAAACAUCACAACCAGUUUAGAUUAAUCGAUUUAGCUAGUUUUGAACCAUAAAAGGGGUUCCAUCUAGAGGUAAUUGGAAAAUCAUAACUGUCUUUGGUUUGCUGCUGAAUGCAAGGAAAAACAGGUGACAUUUGUUUGCCAGUCAGUUGACGCAGCGAAUCUUGACCAAAAGUGAUGAUGAUUUCUUGCACUCUUCGUUCAUGUUUAUGUUUGUUUCAUACAGAGUGGCUACCAGUUUGUCCUCCAGAGGAGCCCACAAUGUGUAUUCCCUUCCACCACAGCAGGUAACUUUCAUUCCCCUUUUCUUCCAUUCUUCCGUUGUAGUUCUUCUUGAUACGAGAAAAAUACUCCGUCCCCCGUCCGUUUCUCCAAUUACGUUAUGUCUGUUUGAGGAAACUAGGCUGCGUAACAGGCCCACAGCGUGUUUUAGGAAGUAAAAGCGUGCACAAAGAGACAUGAACCCGCAUAUAAAAUCCCUCUAGUGGUCUAUUAUCAAUGCUGCAUUCUGAUUGGUCGAGCUACUACUAGGCUAUAUGAUAUAGCCCAAUAGUAGCGAAAAGCGCCGGCUUUGAAAACCAAAACAAUGGCGGAUUGAUCGCGUUUUGCUAGCUAAAGUUGUUUUGUCUCGAUAUUUUUGACCAACUAGUUGGAUUUUACUAAAACAAUUAUUCCUCUCGCCCUCAUGGCCUCUGAGUUAAUAGCCCAUUCGGACCAUUCCUGAAACUUACCCCCAGUAUUAGUUUUCACCUCCUCGUGGCCAGCUGGACGUACGCUAUUGGAGUCUGCGCUAUAGCUUGAAUGACCCUUGUUUUGUUCCUUUCCUUUCCUUCUAUAGUUAAAGGGGUUGUGUCACGGCAGUCCAGUUCAUUUUGUUUAAUUUUUCCAAUUACGCGCCCUCAAUUGCUAUGGAACUUAAAGUAAGCAAAGAAAUUACAUGGAAAUGACAAAAUCAGUGAUCCGAGACAGACAAAUAUGUCUCCUGAGCAUUACGUUUGAAGUUGCAAGCAGCAGGGAUCAACCUUGAAAAAUUGUUGGGCUGAACAGUUUUCAAAAACCCUGAUUUGAAUCCGUUUCAAUCUUCUUCAGUUUUGCCCAUCCGUGGCAUCUGUUGUUUCUGUUAUGUUAUUUUAACCUUCCUUUAAAGUUUUAAGCGGUUAUUUUUAUGUUUUUCUUAAUUUAACGGGCAUUUUGUAAUUUCCUAAUUUGGCUGAAUUUCGUGACACAGCUCCUUUAAUCACCAAAGACGACUGUCGCAAGUUUCUCCGCGAUCGAUUAUUUAAAGAAAAGUGAUGCGAUGUUUCGUUAUUUUUACUCAACAGGUUGACCUUCCUCUGAACGGCUACUUGGAAAUUUUGACGACAGCGGUAAGAAAAUGAUGAAGUUACUUAGCAUAUAGAGGAUUUUCACGUUGCGUCACGUCCGCCAUAUGGGUAUACAAAAAGCAAGAUGAGUUGAACCUUGUUCUUAUGCAAAAACGUUCUUUUGAUCCAAUAACCUUGCGUAGCUGCUGAUCACGUGAGUGAAAACACUGUACGUCAUCCAUGGUACGUAACCCAUCCCCGGGGGACUCCUAUAUAAAAGUGACAAGGAUGCUCGUCGUCUCGCUUUGGGGUGUGAAUUGCAGAGUUUGGUCUCACUUGGGGUGUUUGGGGUGGAAAGUUACCAUAUUUGUCCGUUCAGGUGCAUGUAUGCUUAGUACUGUGCAUAAAAAAAAAAAAAAAAAUGCCCUGACACCGACGACACAGAAAUCUCCCUUAGGGGUCAGUUUAAGGUUCAGACACACCCACAUUGGUGUCCCUUAGGGGUGUAAUUUGAAUUUUCCGACGAGCAUCUCCGUCACUUUUAUAUGGGAGUUCCCCCCGGGAAACCACCGCGGUCCAAGGUAUCAGACGUUUCUCGUUUUAUUCACUGGGAUUUCAUUUACAAUUAUAUGGAAUCAAGGACAAGAGACUUUAUAAUUAUUUUUCUAAGGUAUUUCUUUUUGCAUGUUUCUCAAAAGCUACAGUAGUGCAUCGUUUUGUCGUUGAAAGUCCUUCGCUCUCGUUGACAAACUGGGCCGACAAUUUGCUACUAGUUACAGUUUUCAAACACUCGAAACUUUUUUAGUAAACUUUUGAAAAGUUUAGUAAAUUAGAACUUAGAUGAUUCCUUUGUCGUGGCUUACUUUAUGUUGGUGUUUGAUUGCAGGUGGUUGACGCUGGCCACUUCUGGGCUCAGAAACCCGACAGGGAAUCUUUUACAAGGCUGCACAUGUUGCAAGACGGAAUAAACAGGAAUGAAGGAAGAAACUUGAGGGUAUGGGUAAUUCGAUGUGUCCAUUUUUAUAAGUCCCGCAAAUUUUUGCUAAGUUGAUCAAGCCUUUAGUUAAAUCCCAAUGUUGACCAACGUCAAUUUUCUCCUGACAACAAUACGUAACCAAUAGAACAGAUUAUAUUAAUUAAUAAAAUGUUCAUCACAGGGAAAAUGCUUUCAUCUUUAAUCAAAUUCUCUAAAUUUAAUCCUUUAAGGAAAUGUUUUGGGGUUCAGUCAGGGAAAAUUUUUAUGUACAUAUUGAAGAUUAAAGGGUUUAGUCAAGUUGCCACCGUAAAUAGGCUCAAAGGCUGUGGUUCAGUCGCUAAGUUUUCGUCAUAUUGAAGCAUUCAAUAUAUAUUUUUUUGUCUUUGUGUAGUGCUCACUCAACAACAAGCAAGCCAAAAGACGGCUGUAAAGUUAUAGAGCGAUUUUCGUAUGACCUUGAAAUGAAAACGCGUAAACAAAACAGAAACAACAAAUAAACGGAAAUAGAGCGUUUCGAUUGGUUUAUCAAACGGGUACAAACGCGCGUGGCUUUUGGUAGGUUAAGCGAACUCUUGGGUGAAAAAACUUCAUGCCCGGAGGAACUUUGUCGAUAUCAAUCGAUACUUCGUUUUAACGUCAUACUGCAACACGUUUGGCCAAUCGAACAAUACCUUCUCCAUGUUGGGGUUUUCUAUGGCGGGAAAACGAAGAGACCAUGUUUUGUUCUUUUCAUCCAUUGGCUGAUAAAACAAAUAACGAACACUCAACGAAGGCAUUUUUCAAGGUGAUACGAAAAUCGCUCUAUGAAGCUGAAGAAAUAACUUAUAAUAGGCCAUUUUCGAAUUAUCAAAAUUCAUACUUGGUUCCGAGGCUGACGAGAAUAAAGCAGAAGUAAUGGAUUAUUUAUCACUGAAUCUCAAGGCGUCUUUUGUUUUAUACCCCUCAGCCUAGGUGCUAACUGUGAAUUUUAUUAAUUCGAAACUGGCCUACAAGUAAAGCGAAGCAGCCCGAGAAAACAGUCGUCAUUUCGCGACGCUACCACUGGUUUGCUUGCGAAAUGACGCCUGUAGAAAUUCCGUAUUGAUGAUGUGCCAGGGUAGUGCUUCUGAUUGGUUGAAGCAAAUAAGCCUCGCGGCACGACCAAUCAGAACGAUUCCCAGAUCCGGCCAGUUGCACGUCAUCAGUAAGGGAUUUCUGCAGCCUUAUGUCGUGGGGAGACCAGUUGUGGUGUCGCGAAAUGUCAGCUGUUUACUCACAGGUGAAAAGCGAAUCAGAAACUCGGAAAAUGUUAAAUAAAUAAAUGCCGUAAAAUUCCGAAAAUAAGCCCCGGGGCUUAUUUUUUUCAAAGGCCCUUUUUGAGGGGCUUAUUUUUGGAGGGGCUUAUAUUCGGAGGGGCUUAUCUACGGAGGGAAAUUUGCGUUUCAAAAUCGAUUGGGCUAGCUUGUAGUGGGAAGGAAAUUUACCAUUUUUGCUUUGUUUUACUUUGUAUUCGAGGGCAAAUUCAAAGUACAAGCCCCCCCCCCCCCGGGGGGAGCGAUUUAACGGAGGGUUUUUUGCGUUACGAUUUCGGGGGCUUAUAUUUGGAGGGGCUUGCACAUGGAGGGGCUUAUUUUCGGAAUUUUACGGUAGAUCAGCCACAAAAGAGAAAAUCCAUUCCGAAAAUACAGUAAUGACGGAGACGCCAGGAGAACUGACAGGGUCGCAGCCCAUAACUGGAUCUGAUUCAGUUUAUGGGGCGGAUUGUCCAGUAGGCCAUUUGCACGAUGGCGUCAUUUUACUACUACGACCUGCGACCCGAAUCCUUCAGGGUUUUGCUUUCUUGUGCAAUUUAGGGGUUUUAUUAUUGAAACCUCGCUAGGAUUACCAAAUUUAAAUGUGAAAGGAAAAACGUCGCUAAGAUUCUGGUCGUUGUAGUAAAAUGACGCCAUCGUGCAAAUGGCCUAUUAAGUGAUGUUGCUUAGCAUUUGAGUUAAAGUCUUUUCACUGUUGAUUUUGUUUUAAUACUCUUGCCAAAUGUACGUUGCCUUCAGUGUAACAUUUUGUGGUGUUAUUUUGGCAGCCAUUCCAGGACAUGAAAGAUAUACGUGUUGGAAUUUACUGUAUAGCUCUCUAUGAAGAUGAAUUGUACUACAGAGCAAAGCUGGUGUCUUUUAAGGAUAACUUCCACGUUGAGGUGAGCGUCUUUCAAGGGCUGUUCCUAAGGGCUGGGGGCUGGGGUAUUUCCCCCCGGCUAUUAUGAGCAUGAUCCCCGGCCUGACACUUCCUUAUGAAACAUUUGGGGAUAAUAAUCUGAUCGUAAUCUGUCACUGAGGGCUGGGGGCUGGGGUAUUACCCCCCCGGCUAAUAUGAGCAUGAUAACCGGCCUGGCAAUUCCAUAUGAAACAUUUGGGGAUCAUAGCCUGAUCACAAUAUUUCACUAAGGGCUGGGAGCUGGGGUAUUACCCCCCUGCGAGCAUGAUCCUCGACCUGAGACUUUCAUAUGAAACAUUUGGGGAUCAUAAUCUGAUCAUAAUCUGUCAGUAAGGGUUGGGGAGUGUUGUAGUACGCCUCGGCUAAUAUGAACAUGAUCCUCGGCCUGACACUUUGGUAUGAAAUAUUUGGGGAUCAUAAUCUGAUCAUAAUCUGUCACUAAGGUUGGGGAGUGGUGUAUUAUCCCCCGGCUAAUAUGAGCAUGAUCCUCGGCCUGACCCUUUCAUAUGAAACAUUUGGGGAUCAUAAUCUGAUCAUAUUCUGUCACUAAGGGUUGGGGAGUGGUGUAUCCCCCCUCCCCCCGACUAAUAUGAACAUGAUACCCGGCCUGACACUUUCAUAUGAAACAUUUGGGGAUCAUAAUUGGGAGACAUAUGCAGUCGAUAAAAAACAGUCAAACCUCCAUUAUCGGUCACCCCUAUGGACGUGUUUAAACCUCUCUUCAACGGCCACCGCUCUACAACGGCUUCUUUCUUCUACUCCAAAGGCAGCCUACGUCGCAGACGUAAUUUAACCCCAGUUAAUAACGCCUGUGAAGCAGCGCCGAGAUGCUUGUUGUGGGACCCCAACGGAUUGAACAAAUUACCGGAAGUGCGUUUGAGAUUUCCUUUCAACCUGAUUGGCAAAUCCAUAAUGGCUUUUUUAACAGACCAAUCAUGGCGCGUAGUCAAAUUUUGCUAUACAGGUGGGGGCCCAGAACGAGUAUUUCGGUGCUGUCUCGCAGACGAACCUUAACCAGUAACCAGAGUUAAGUUCGUCUGUGGCGCAGGCUAUCCCCAAGGUGGCCAUUGUGGAGGGGUUCAACUGUACUUCCGGUAGGCACCACUGCCACCAGACAUUACCAUCAUUUAAUUAAUUUUCAACUCGCUACGCAGGUUCUUUACGUCGACUAUGGCAAUUUAGCAGUGGUCAAUGUGCGGAAUCUCAGGCAAAUGGAGAAAGAAUUUAGUGCCCUAUCAUUUCAGGUUACCUGUGUUGUUUGUUCGACCUACUGUAUGUAUCGGCGGCUGUAUAUUGUUACGUGUUUAAUGGGACACAUCAAUGUUAUGUUACCCGUUUUCGCAUCGCUUGAAAUACACUUUUUUGCCCCCAGACUUUGGCUUAGGGAAAGUUCAUUUAAUAUGACAAGGGGGCAGGAUGAAGAUAUUGAGGGGGGGGUCCGAAAAUUUUAGACACCCGAAGGGGGGGGCUCUGAAAAAAAUUGUUGCGCUAGGAGGGGGGGCUCCGAAAAUUUGUAUACUUCAAAACCAACACAUGACAUCAUCAUACAGAUCGGAUGGUUUUCAACUCAACAAUUUAAUGACCUGUGCAACUCAGCUAUAUCACGUGGUUUACAGAUAUAACAAAUGUAGUCCCAGUAAUUAUUACACUCUUUUAGCUUGUUCAUCCUAAAAAUGCUUUAGAAAAUUGUAUCACAACUGUAUCUCAAGUUUGUCAUAGUAUAAACCAUUGAAGACAAUAACGGUAAAUAUAUUUAAUAAAGUCUAGCGAUCUUUUUUCAGGGGAGCAAAGGAAUUGAAGGAGGAGGGGGGGGGGCUCUGAAAUUUUUUCGACUACCAAGGAGGGGGCUCCUAAAAAAUUGGACCGCUAGCGAGGGGGGCUGCUAAAAUUUCAAGCUUCGAGUUUCAAUGUCUUCAUCCCCCUCCCUUGUCAUAUUAAAUGAACUUUCCCUUAGCCUUUUUUUUUUUUGGCAUAGCCAUUUUCGUCUGUGGCUCAUGGGUAAUGACACGUCAUCAGUAUGGAAUUUCUGCAGUCGUUCCUUGAGCGUCAUUAGGCUGACUUAGCAACAGAACGGGAACGUCACUUGACGACGGCGCACGCAAAUCAAACAACUGGCUUGACCAAAUGCAGAGCGGCAAAUCUGGCACCGGAAGUGGCGUACAGUCCUUUCCGCCCUCUUUUCCGUCGUCAACUGAUGUUCCCGUUCUGUUGCUAAAUCAGCCUAUUCCGCAGGGAGACCAGUUUUAGCGACGCAAAAUGUCAGCUGUUUUCUAAUGCUACUUCGCUUUGCGAAUUAAAAUAGGCCAGUUUCGAAUUAUCAAAAUUCAUACUUGGCUGAAACGAUUAGAGGAAUAAAACAAAAGAAAUCAUAUUGACACCCUAAUUUUUUUGGGUCCCGAACCGUGUAAAUUCUGUUACAGAUUGCAGCACUGUUCAAAAACUUGAAUGGGUUAAUGGACUCGUGUGGACAGAGCCUCUGAAAGUCAACAAAAUUAUUUAUCUUUAUUUCUCUCACUACUUUCAGGCAUUUGAGUGCAUGUUAUGUGAAGUGGCUCCGGUGCCCUCUGCCCGCUGCCCUACAGGAACAUGGUCUCAAGACGCUACCAAGAAAUUCAUUGAGCUAGCAGGAGAUAGAAGGCUAGUUGCCAAGGUAUUAAUAUGGCUCUUAUAACCUUUACGACAUGUGACAAGAUCGGGGCGGCGGAGCGCCGCUUCGCCUCGUUACAGGAAUCGCGCCGAACUCACCGUUUUUUUACGUGUAAACAGAAGCCCUAUCCAGUAUGGUUUGGUGUGGGCACAAGAGGUAUCCGGCAUAGUGUGAACAUAACCUAAAUCUCCCGCUUCGUUACAGGAAUCGCGCCGAACUCACCGUUUUUUUACGUGUAAACAGAAGCCCUAUCCAGUAUGGUUUGGUGUGGGCACAAGAGUUAUCCGGCAUAGUGUGAACAUAACCUAAAUCUCCCGCUUCGUUACAGGAAUCGCGCCGAACUCACCAUUUUUUUACGUGUGAACAGAAUCCCUAUCCAGUAUGGUUUGGUGUGGGCACAAGAGUUAUCCAGCAUAGUUAUCCGGAACAUAACAGGGGCACCCAACGAGAAUAUAGUUCAAAACCACUUAAACGUAGCAUUGUUAAACGUAUUUUAGUAUUUAAACGGUAGAUAUAGGCAUAUUUUUAUCCCCUAAAAAUUUUUCAUCUGUUCGGAUUUCCUAGCUGAAAGUCUCGAGAUCCGAAAAUCAGAGGGAUCAAAACUUACCUUUUCAAAAAUUUCAGCCAGAAAAAAGGCUCUCGAAAAUUCUAGGUGAGCUUUUUAGGGUAAAAAUCCGUUAAAAAUGGGCAAUUACACCAAUUUUUAGAUGUUCGAGAAUCCUAGGAGAGGUAGGCAAGCAAGAAAUUUUUACAAGAAAUGUUCCGAAAAUUCUAGAUCUCACAUCGUCUUCCGAACAGAUAUUUUCCGAAAAUUGACGUUGGGUGCCCCUGACAUAACCUAAAUCUCCGUAUUAACUCUGUUUUUGCAACGUAGGUAUACUCACGGGUAAGGAAUGUUCUUCGCGUGGAUCUUUACGAUACUAGUACUGAAGAGGACAUACACAUCAAUCAGACGCUCAUUGACUACGGAUUUGCCGUGUUUCAGGAAGAAUCUCAUGCUUCCAAGGCAAGAAAAGACACAAUUGCGCUUUUAAAUUAUUUAUAUGCAUUUCAGAGAACUCAACAUAGUAGGAGUUUAUAAAUAAUACUUCAUAGCGCGAAUAUCACUUCAUGGCACUUGUUUAUGUGAAUCCGCCUCGCUCUUUCGUUUUGCUUUUUCCCGGCACGAAACAGUUACCCCAUUAACUUUAAAGUCAUAAAAAAACCGUAGCUUGAAUUUAAAAUUUCACAAGAUGGAGCCGAGGCAAGAAAAGAUUGGUUCCGUAGGGGACAGUCAGGAAAUGAUUAUUUUGUUAUAUAGCGUACGAAGAAAAACUCAUUCAAACUAAAUCGCAGCGAGCUGUCAGCACUCGCUGGUAAUAGGGUAUUUUUACCCUCUGACGAGAUAAAUUUUGCAAUGUUGCCCUCGUAGAAACGUUGGCGGGAAACAGUUUUUUUACUGUGUUAAAUGGUGACCCUGAAGUAACCAACUAGAGUAGCUUAACAAAGACAGAAAAUAAUUCUCUUGUUACUACCCCAUUAACACAUAAUUUUAUCAUUUUAUAGAGGUUCACACUCUUCACAGGCCAUUUCCGGAUUCCAGAAACCCUCAAUUUUAAAAAAACCUUUGUUGUGGAAAUGAGUUUUAGUUGCGUGAGAAUAAGAAAUCAUUUUCAUAUCAGGCUUCGCACCUGGCCUCACUUUGAAACAGAGGCUUGAGGCUAUUAGGAAUUAGUAAAAUCCAACUGGUGGUCUAUUAUCAAUGCUGCGUUCUGAUUGGUUGAGCUACCACUAGGCUAUAUGUUAUAGCCCACUAGUAGCGAAAGCGCCGGCUUUUUGGCGGCAAAAAAGGAUUAAAGUCUACCUUUAACCAGCUAAAGUUGUUUUGUCUCGAUAUUUUUGACCAGCUAGUUGAAUUUUACCAAAACAAUUAUUCCUGUCGCCCUCAUGGCCUCUGAGUCAUAUCCCAUUCGGGCCUUCGGCCUCAUGGGCUAUUGACUCAGAGCCCAUUCGGGCUCGAGGAAUAAUUGUUAAAUAGCCUAUUAAUUUCUUUACUCCAGACAAGUUACUGUUCUAAUUAUUCUUGUUGUUGUUGUUGUUGUUAAUUUUUAUUAGAUGGCUCAUAGGAAUGCGACCUCUGGCAGUGGAAGUCAGGGCUGUGAUAACACCACUUGGCUGAAUGACUUAGAAUUGGAAGUUGGACAUAUAAGGGACGAUCGGGAGUGUAGAAAGGUGUAGUGCAGUUAUUAUAUCACUUACACGUUCAGAGAAUCGGAUCAUUAGACGUUUCUGAGAAACUGUCCACCUACCCCUCCCCUAAGCCAAUAUUUUGCCUUAAGUGAGAAGUGUUUGUUGAUGUUUGCCUGGGGGAGGGGUCGGUGGGCAGUUUCCCAGAAACGUAUAAUGAAAUGAUCCAGAGACUCCCACCCUGCGAGCAGAACCUCCUUUUAUCUUCUCGUUGAUCGAGGAAAUGAAUUGUCAAGUUAGCUCUGCCAAAGCAAGCGAGACUAAUAAAGGUGACAAUCUUAGCUCUGCCAAAUUGCCAAAUUGCGUCAAUCCUUUGAAGUUGCCGCAGCCCGAACGUCUGGACUAGUUAAUCUGGUUUUCUCUCGUCAAACUGGAUUUCUAUGCGCGACCAUCCGUUUAUAUGUUCAUAACAGAGCCCGCUGUACCAAGCGCAUGCAUAUUAGGCCUGAGUUCGAAGCUGUAUCGUAGCAACAUGCAAGUAUUGACCCCAGCGUGUCCAAGUUACUAGUUUGCUAACUAAACGUCUGCUCCUUAACCAGGGUGUUAAGUAAAAAGGUUUUUAUUGGACAGGUUAAUCUGCGAGGCCCUGAGAGUCCUAUCGAGAUGAGCUUCUACAGUAUCACGAACAUAGGGAGACUGAGGUGAGAGACGAUAAGUUUUAGGUAACUUCAUGCUGCUUGAGGCCCUGUCCACACUAAUACGUUUUGGUUGUAAUCGAAAACGCAUCGAUCCAUUCGCGUCCACACCACCGUUUUGAUGCGUUUUCGACUGCCCACGCUAAAACGUUCGAAAACGAUGGAAUUGCACGUUGUGACUUAAGUUGAACUCUACAAACACGCGCCUGGGAUAUUUUCGGUCGUCGGUUCCAAUAUGUUGCGUUUUCGACCAUUUUCGACCGUCCACACAAAUGCGACUGAGCGUUUUGAAAUCGAUGCGUUUUCGAUGAAAACGCUCAGCGUAUGUGUGAGCGGAAGGCCUAAACGCAUCGAAAUGUAUGCGUUUUCAAACGAAAACGUAUUGGUGUGAACUGGGCCUAACUCUGGAACUACAACAACAAAUCUCACCAAGUUGCAACCGAAUCGUGAAGUACCAAGAUAUUGACAUUGGCGGCCAUAUUUAGAUCUAGUUGAAAGAAUAACGGCAAAGCUAUCAUUGUCUCAGUGUCUCUAUCCGCGGGUGUCCCGGUGCGGUCGCGAUUCUCACGGCCGGGCGCAAGGUUAAAGCCUUUGUUUAAAUAACCAAUCAAAAACAAGAUCUUGUAAGUGUACUAGGUAUAAUUUACCUCAGUUUAAAUUCCGAGUUAAAAUGUAGGUAAAAGUAUCAGGAGUCCGAAAGGAGCCUAAUUCUAGGUCGAGAUUUAUUUGUUAUUCUGCAAACGGUUUCGGCAAAAUACUGUUUCUUUAAUUUUUUGGCAUAAGCGGUGUUAUUGUUAUCUCGUCCAAAAGAGCAGCCCAACCCGUUUCCCUAACGUGGGAGAAAUCACUGGCGCAUGGAGCUGUAGACCGAGGCCAACUGUAGUUACCCUUCCUAGUUGAAAAGCGCACCCUCUAAAACUUUUCUUGUAUACUACAGAUCCGUGAGAAUAGAGCAAAACUCUGUCAACAGUGUUGUGUUGAAUGAUCAGCCUCAGGACCCACAUCAAAGGUUUUUGGUGGCGGCGAACCUCAGCAUUAACGCUACUGGAACGACGGUAGUUGCAAGGUAAUACUUGUAUCGGUAGCUUCAGUCGUUAAACCUUGAUAAAUUGUGUAAUUAUUAUUAAUAUUAUCUCUCCUGUCACAGUCUUUGCUGGUGUUCUUUUUGGGCAUCAGCCGGGCGCAAACCAUGCACCUCGAGCAUCAGUCACUCAAGUCAAUCAUUCUGUUCAUACACUAAGCACCUUCACAGGAUUCGUGCAGAUCCGAGCAUGCAGAUCUUUUGAAUCUCUGUCACAGUAGCUCUCUCUGAUCCUUUCUUGAUGUUUUCUACCUUCCUCUUCUUUACUGUGCCAAGCGCACCGACAACCACGGCCUGGUUAGCUCAGUUGGGAGAGCUCCGGUCUGCCGAGCGGGAGGUCGCGGGUUCAAACCACGGCCUGACCAACACUCGGGGUCUUUUAAUAACUGAGAAGAAAGCGCUGCCUUUGUGACGACAUCUGCAAAUGGUUAGACUUUCUAGUGUUCUCGGAUAAGGACGAAAAACCGAAAGUCCCGUCUCACAGCACUUUCUCUGAUUUGUUCUUGUGGGAUGUAAAGGAACCCACACCACUAUUCGAAAAGAGUAGGGGUCGUAGAGGCCGGUGGUGUGGCCAACCUUUACGGGUUGUGGGAUUGGGUAGGGAUGGCACCUCGCGUGGGACCUGAGUCCGUUCGUGCACAUUCCCUCUGGGCAGGCCUGUGUCCAGAAAGCUGGUAAAUAAAUAAAUAAAUAAAUAAAUAAACCACAGGGAUCAUUUCGGUUUUAUCUGCCACGUUCUCUGUAUUUAUAGUUCUAGAUGUUUGUACUUGCUUUUCUUUUCGAUUUCAUUCAGUGCGAUGUUUCUAUCUGAUUGAAUAGUCAUAUCAAUCCGAGUUUGCAGUUGGAAUUCACUGAAUCUUUAACGAUGAUGUGUGGUCUCUGCUGUUCGCUGUUAUAGUUCUAUCAGUAUUGACUUGAAUGUUCACAUGAUUUUGAUGUUGUUGUCUUUUUUGUGUAUUACAGUCUCUGGCUUGUGCUUGUACCAUUUGUCUGUAAUCUCGAUAUCAUAAUCUUUACAGAUGAUAAUAAUAAUAUUAUUAAUAAUAAUAAUAAUAUUUUUUUUUACUUCCCUAGUUUUCUUAAAAGGGGAGAACAGUGCUGAGCAGCGUGGCCAAGCGGUUAGAGCGCUUGACUUGCGGUAGGCCUUUCUCAAAAAUGCCAUUAUAGCUCCUCUAAAAUUUUACGUAAGCACUGUUUUGAAUUCCUCUUGUGACUUACAAUCGCCCCAAGAGAAAUUAAAAAAUGAUACUUAUGCAAAAUUUUGGAGGGGCAAGAAAGAGUACUAUGGUAUUUUUGAAUAAGGCCUAUUGGGAAGCCUUGCAAAUAAGACUUGAACAAAGUUUAAAAUUAAACCACCAAAUUAGCACCUGAGUCUAAUUUCCCUGCAUAUCUAUACUCAGCAAGCAGCUUAUGACCGACACAUUUUACUCAGUGUGUUUGUGCUCUUCCAGAGACACAACUCUGAUGCCAAACAUACAUGGCCUGAUGUCUAUUGUCGCGCUUAUCUUCGCUCCAUAUACAGAAAUGAGGUAAAGACAGAAGUUGUCGUAUUUCUACUCCUAGGAUUCUUUACACACCAUAAAGGAUCUUGACCUUUUUACGAAUCAAAAAUGUUACCUUUUUGGAUACUUUUAAGACAAUACUUAUAAUGGUUAUGAAAAUUAAAACAACGUCAGUGAUUGUCUCCCUCGUGUGCUCCUGUAUCCACAGGGCCGACCCUGAAUACUGUAAGUAUACAGGAGCGUUGGUAGGCCUGGGAUUUGAUCCGCACACAGGAAAGGCACUGCUGCCAGACCAUGACAGCGAGCUUGUGUUCGAGGUGGACAUAGAUCAGGACGACCUUAUCAAGGUUAGAAAGAAAUUUACUCCAUUCCUUUCACAUGUUCAUCUCUUAGUACCGUUGCAAGCACCAACCCAUUCACUACAAAAUGAAUUCUACACAAUAGUCCAGUUUCGAAUUCGCCGCGGCCGCUGAAUAGAAGCACUGAAGACUCAUUUAUACAGGGUUAGCCUCAACCUAAGGUAAAUUUAUUCACAAAUGCCAGUCAGAGGAAGACCUGCAUACAUCUGUUGUUGUUGAGAGUGACUCAAGUCAUUGUUAACAGCAACAGUCCUAUUCACGACUACGUUCACCCGGACGAUCAAACUCAACCAACUUUUGAAAUUAUUUGAUUAUACAUUGUUUUGAAGAAAAUAAGGACAAACACAGAAUUCCAUAGAACAUAGUCUGACAUUGCUUUCGGAAAUCAUGCACUGUGCGUGCAACCUACAGACUAGUCACUAAUCUGCUCGCAGAUAACUAACUAAUCUGUAGGUUGCGCUGAUUUCCAAAGUAUUAACUGUAGGCUCUUAGCUAAUGAGAAGACAGAUAUUGAGUACAAUGUGUUAUAAUAAAUACGAAAAGACAAAAAAAUCCAAAAAAUGCGAAGGACGGUAUUAACUUCCAUCAAAAGCACAGGGAGCAGAGGAGUUAUUUGGGACCUUGAUUGUGUUAAAUUUUUCAGCCAACAGUGCAAUUCGCCUUUGUAACUGUAUAUGAACAGGACCGAUCAAACCGUCUUGCGAUCCUGUUACAAACCUCGUGUAAAAUGAUAUAAUCAUUGAUUAACAUUUCUGUUAGGCAACAUAUAUACCGCAGACCUAAAGGACUGAAGACUCUAAAAUCGUCUUACAUUCUGUAUUUUUCGGCAGCUUGUACCUCGCUAGGAAAGCUUCGCUUUCCAAAUGCGUCGCCCUUUGGACGACCUUCGUUUCCACCGAGGAUUGGAUAAUAUUUUACCAGGUUUGUAACAGGAUCGCAUGACGGUUUGAUCGAUCAAGUUCAUUUUCGAUUCUACAGUAAACAGAAGCUAAUCGAGCUACCUUCAAACCUGUGUACAACGGUAAACCUUGAGAAAUGGCAAGGUUACCGUUAUAUACAGGGUGGCCGCUAUAUACAGGUCACCUUUGCAGAAAAUAUAAUGCAACUGAAAAUUUUGGGAAGUUGUCCAGUGACCGUAAUAUACCGGGCCGUUAUAUACAGGUUUGACUGUAUUUAUACCUGAAAAUUUUAACUACAAUCAAGGUCACAAAUUACUCCUUUGCUCCAUGUGCCCAAAGCGAUUCGUCCGGUGGUGACAUCACAUUACUUGCUCUCAUCUUCUUCACCCAGAAAUGUUUGAUUUACUAAUGUCAAAUCUUUGCCAAAGUGUUAAACGCAUUGACCUUAAUAUUGUACAGUCUGUGGCAAUUUAACGUGACUGGUUAGCUCAUUUGGAAGAGCGCCGGUCUGCUGAGCGGGAGAUCGCGGGUUCAACCCCGGCCGGACCAACACUCAGGUCUUAAUAACUGAGAAGAAAGUGGUGCCUUUGUAAUUUGACAUCUGCAAACAGUACAUUCUAGUCUUGUCGGAUGAUUACGAAAAACCGUAGGUCCCGUUUCGCAGCACUUUCACUUUUUCUGGUUCUUGUGGGACGUACAAGAACCCACACCGCUGUUCUAAAGGAGAAGAAGAUUCAGACCCCGGUGAUGUGGCCAACCUUGCCUGGGCUGGGUGGGUUAUCUGCGAGGAGUGAUCUUACUGUAGGGAUAACGUCAUGAUCCUCCUUCGGGUGUCGUAAUGGCUACCUGGAAACAGAGUAUAUAUGUAUGUGUAUAUACUUAUGUAUGUAUCUUUUCUAUACGCGUUCUCUUGUGAAUAAAGCGAAUAUCAUCACCAAAGAUUUACCCAUUAACCCUUUAAGCCCCAAUAUCCACAUACAAAUUCUCCAAACUGCUCUCUAUAUAUUUCCUUAAAGAAUGUGUUGAGAAUUUGAUAAAAGAUCAAAGCAUUUUCUCUUAGAUGAUCAUUUUAUUAACUCCCACAACCUAAUCUCUUGACAAUUUAUGGAUAUUGUUAGGAGAAAAUUGAUGUUGGUCACCAUUGGGACGUAAAGGGUUAAAGUUAGCCGUGAUGUGGGCGGUUGGUUCUGUCUCUUGUUUUCUGUAUUAUGGAAGGUUCGACUUAUUACCUUUCUUUGGUUGGUAUUCAGAUCAACUCGCUGCGUACCACGAUUAACCUAAUGUUUGAGAGCGAGGCGGAGAUGGCAGAAUGGGGAACAUCUCAAGUAGAAAAAUUACAGAAGCGAAGUAGAAACAUGAUAACAACGUAUGUAACUGUAUGUUAUUUAUUUAUCUUCACCUUGAUAACAAAAAGAAAAGUUCGAGCUUCCAGGGUGACGCUCAUAAUAUUACAGUCGAGUCAUGUCAGGCGUAUCCCCCAAGAGUACUUAUAAAUGAAUCAAUUAUUUGAGAAAUGAAUCCUUUAGUCGUUGCUGCAACAAGUAAAUUCAAUUCAAUUCUGCAUUUCUGGAUGCGUAAUGAACAGUGAAUUUCUUUCGACUGAACUUCUCUGUAUUCGGCCAGAUCGACAAAAAUCUUUGAAUGGAAAAAAAUUGAUUUGAAGAGAUUUUCACCAGAUGAAAUUCAAGAAUGCUUAGCUGGUAGAAAUUUCAUGGCUUCCUCCCGUGUGAAUUCACUGCUCAUUACGCAUGCAGGAAUGCAGAUAUGAAUCUGAAAUCAACUGCUACCAACGGAUUCAAGUUUCGAACCAUAAAUUCUUUAGCGGAAUCUUGAUGGGUACACUUGACUGGGCUCGACUGUAAUGUGUGCAUUGUACAGGACAGUAACACAUGUGAAAGUAAAGUUGUUGGCUGUGCAGUCUACUGUAAGAGGAGAGAAUUGUGUUUCUUUCCAUCUUGUUUAACCAUUUGUGACCCUUAAAGAACAAUCUGAUAGAAAGCUUUAUGAUGAAGUUAGCGAGGAUAAACACCGUCCGUUAUAUUCUAUAGAGUGUUUCCACAUGACGUCACGGCGGCCAUGUUAGUGUCCCAACCCGUUCCGUGGGAGUUGAACUCUUUUCGUAUGUAAACGCGUUCUUUUGUUCCAAUAAAUUUGCAUAGAUGCUGGCCACGUGAGUGAAAACACUCUAUAUUAGGGAGCUCAAGCAACAGCGUUUCUGAGCGACGGACGUCAAUCGGAAGUGGAGUUAUUGCAUCAUUAGGCAGUGGUUCUGUUGAAACUCUCAGGUAAAUGUUCUUUAUCAGAGAAAAGAAACCUAGCAAGGCAUAUAAAAAGGGAGAAGGCCUCACUUCCAGUUUACGUGCGUCGCUCAAAAACGUCUUUGCUUAAGUUCCCUAUUACCAACUGUAAAGAACCCUUCUCACAGGCUUCGAAGAAAGGUCUUUCAGCAACCUCUUCUUAACCGUGAGCACUUUAAGAACUGCUUUGUAAUUAGGCUAUGAUUUAAUUAUAACUUAGCAAUAUGAUUCUACUUUAAUUGUACAAUUUAAUUUCCUUUUUUGCUUUUCUUUCUUAGUUACGUAUAAUUCAACAGUUUUUGAUCUGAUAUUUUAUGACGUUUGUAACUUUUGAUAUGUAUUUUUAUCGAAUUCACCGUUCUAACAUAGACCAUAAUGCACCUUGUUUACCCCCAAAAGUUUGCAUAACCCGUGUCUUGGAUUUCUCUUAAGACGACUGUAAUACCCAGGAGAAAUUGGAAACAAUGGUUAUGCAAAGUUUUGGGGGUAAACAUGGUGCAUUAUGGUCUACGUGAAAGUAGUGAAUGAAAGGUUGUUAUUAUUAUUAUUUAUUAUUAUUUUUAUUAUCAUCAUUUAUUAUUGUUAUUAUUAUUAUUAUGAUUAUGAGAAUUGUCUGUUGUUUUCUUUUUGUCGCAAUAGUCUUAUUCUGAAAACGCGUCAAAGCGUAAAACCAUGGGCAUUUCCACGAUCCUCUCGCUGGAAUCAGGUGAGAAAACCUCUGAUAGCCUGUAGUAUAUAUUUAGCCGGAUGUUUGAAAACGUUACCGCCAAAUGGACCUUUUCUGCCCAACAUUUUGUUUUUCGGCUAAAAAUCUCUAAAGUAGCCUUUUAAAAACUAAGAGUGCGACCAUUGCUUGUUUCUCUUCUCCUUCUUUCUCCCCUUUCUCCCCUUUAUCCUUUGUGGCCAUCUGAGCCGUGCCAUAGUGCCAUAGUGUAUCUGCCUACAAGACAUAGUCAAAACCUGUUUCCUUUAGCGUAUGUCAGACCCAAAGGCCUUCCUGUGAACAAUUGCAAAUAGGCAAACUACAUUCGGCGAAAAAAUUGAUUGAGACGCUUUGCCUUAAAGGGCCUUUCUGACGUUUCACCGACAUCAAAGGGGGAAAAUAAAGCUUCCCCUUCCCCAUCCCCUUCGUGUAAUGUUGUGUUGCUGUUGGAGCUACCUUUACAAAACAAACAAAAAACAACAACUUUGAAUGGAGGGGAGGAGGAGGGUGUGGAUUGUUUUGUUCUCUGAAGUAACCCUAUAUGAGUGUCUCAGCAAUUUUGCCGUCGAUUGUAGCCACAGUCAAAACCUUCUAAAAUUACAUGUACGGUCUAGGUUUCACAAAAAGCGUGGAGAAUUCUCUUGAUUCUGGCUCUUUAAUAUUACAGAUUGAUCCUGCUUAUAAAAUGAAUCCAAUCCAACAACCAGCAGGUGCCGUCGAUUGUGCCCUUUACACCUUGCAUUGUGGUAUUGCGAUCUCUGAUAGGCCACUAGAAGACGACGAUGAAUCGAGAAUGAAACGAGAAGAAAAGCGAGAGCAGAUGCAGUGGCUUAGAAGCUUGGAAGGAAGGUAAAUUUCUAUUUGUGCCAAGAUUCGGUGGCUAGAUACUAGAUACUUUAUUUAUUUAGCACAGAACUCAUAAAGCUGACACUUAUUUACAAUGAAGCUGUGCAUGAAAAGUAAAAAUCAGACAAAAAUAGCAAAAAUAAGAACAAUGCUAAAAAUUACAAUUAAUUAUAUAUUUACAUAUACAAUAAAUAGAGAGAGAAUCAAAUAAAUGAUAAUAAAUACAAAUAAAAGUCAAUGCCUAAUUAUGAUUAUACUUAAAGAAUUGUCACUAAAAUCUAGGCGAAUAGUUGGUAUAAAGAGAUCCAGCUGAUGGGGAGCAUUUAUUAGUAGCACUAAGGCUAUUAUAAAGUUUUGCGGCUGAAUAAGUGAGCGCUCUGUAGCAAGAUUUAGGAGCUAUUUUUACCAUGUAACUGUUGAAUUGUUUCUAGUAUUAUAAAAAUGUAUAUCACAUAUUCAGGGGAAAAAAAAGAGAUCCUUAACCCUCUAAGGUUGGCUGCGUGCCGCGUAAGAUUCAAUACAGAAAGCGGGUAGGAUGUCCAUUUUUUCAAUUCGCCAUUUUUACAUCUCCCAUAAUACACCUUGUUUGCCCCCAAAAAUUUUGCUUAAACAUUGUCUUUUAUUUUUCUUGGGACGAUUGUAAUACCCAGGGGAAAUAAAAAAUUAAGUUAUUCAAAGUUUGGGGGGGGGGCAAACAAAGUAUUAUGGGAGACGUGCAAAUGGCGGCCGAACAAUCGAGCGUUUCCCGCACGCUGAAUGGUCAAGAGCUAGUGUCGAAGAGAGCAAAGACCAUAGAAAUGACCGAAUGAUGGCGCAGUUUUCCAAGAAACGUCUCUGGAAAGGCUCGUCAAUAAACAACAACAACAUGGCCUGUACUGUUAUCGACCGUAGAAAUGACUUCAAAAUGUUGAAAACUUUGCACGAAAACAUGAACAUUGAACAUUUUGACGCCAUUUCUAUGGUCGAUGAGAGUAUAGAGCGUGAAAAAUUGUUAUCGAUUUGUUAAAUCGCCGAGCACAUCAUGAGUGAAUUUUUUUUGAAAACCUAAAUAUAAUGCGUGAUUUUCUCUUGCCACACCUUCUCAACCGACGUAUCUAACUCCUUCUCUCUCGAGUUUAGCCCGUCAUUUUUUUGUUGCAAAUUGGUAAAAAAUGAAUCAAAACUGGUGCUAGAGGGGGGUAACGUGUUUCAACAGAACCGAGCGUUGGACUGGUAAUCCCGGAAGCCCUAAAUUCAAAACCGCUAGCUGGAUUUGUUCUCGCCGGGUAGUAGCGGAGCAUGCUUUGCCUCCUUAGUUGGGAUUCUAAAUCCUGUUAUGUUUAUUUGAAUUACUGGCAAGCAAAUAACUCACCCUGGCCUAUAACGAUAUCAUCAGAAGACUCGCAUGGCUAUAGCAACACUUUGAUUAUUGAUGAUUUUCCUUUUUCCUCAGGUCUUCGGAGAUGUUUUCUCAGGAAGUAGUUUGUCCCCUGUGCAAUGUGCAGUGCAGGCAUCCCAGGGGAGUGGCUAUGCAUCUGAGAAGUGCUUUACACAGGGAACUGGAAGAAGAGUUAUAUCUGGACUAAUCUAGAGAACACUGGAUUAGCUAAAGCACAAGACCCGUUGUUUGGAUUUAGUGAAACUGCUGAGCAUGGGUUGGUGCUCUGUCUGAUGUUAAGUACAAAGUCAUGAUGUAGAAAGAGCUACGGAAUAGCUGCCCAUACGACAGGAGAUUUUGAAGAUAAAAGGGAAACAGACUGCGUUUGUUUAUUAGUGAGAUGGUAGUGUCUCUUUAAGGAGUGCUAGGUUGUUGGUGCAAAGGAAGGUCGAGCGUUCCAGUUAAGGUUGGCUGUAUAGUAUUAGUGACUGUUCUAGUGAGUGUGCUGCAUUUGUUCGGAGCCCAUCAAUGCAAAGGGAAUUGGAAAAUGCACAGUUGGAAACUUGGCAAACGUUUCAGGUGGUUAACAGAGCUUGAUGACUGCAUUUCAACGGCUGGAUUUGCUCUCUUUGGGUUGAGCGUAAGUGUUACUGAGCCUUACUGAGUGUUAAUGAGUAGAUCAUCAAUGUUGAGUUUGGAAUUAGCGAACGUUUAUGCCAAGCAAAAU